UUGAUGCCGCACACGAGGAGCGGGGAGCCGCAUGCAGGGAGACGGGAGACGGGAGUGAGGGGUCCCGUAGCUGGAUAGAGCCCCAGCCCGGCGCCGUGUGCAGGACAGGAGCGGCGCGGAGGACGCUACCCUGCCCGGGGAGAGAGGAGGGAGCGAUGUCGGACCGCCUGCUGCCCCCGUCCCCUAACUGGUACCUGGGGCGCUGCAGCGACGCUGCCCCCGCCGCCGCCCUCCUGGGCUUUGGGGCCAAGAACAGCGUCUUCCUGCUGGAUGUGGCCCGCGGCCGCCCCCAGAUCCUCGGAGAGCUGAGAGGACACACGGAGAGGGUGACGGGCUUCUCGUUCUGCCCGCACGCUGGUCACACCAACACCUGUGCCAGCUCUUCGGACGACGGCACGGUAAAAAUCUGGGACACGGACACUAAAGCUGUGCUGAAGGAACACACUGCCCACCUGGCAACUAUCACGGCCCUACAUUGGUCCCCGCUACGUAAAGACUUGGUGGUGAGCGGGGAUGAGAAGGGAGUGGUCGUUUGUUGGUGGCAUCUCAAAGACGAUACCCAGAGCUGGUUCCCGGAGCCCAGACACAUCUUCUGCCUGUCCUGUUCCCCACACAGUGAGGAGCAUGUAGCCCUGGGGUAUAGAGAUGGGAUGAUUGUCAUCAUUGACGUCAGCAGGAAAGGUGCCGUUGUCCAUCGCUUGCGGGGUCACGAUGGAGAGAUACAAGCACUGUCCUGGUGUCCCCAACUCUGCGACGGCAGAAUCCUGGGGCGGUCCGAGAAUGCGGCAGAAGCGGAUUGGCGGAAUGGCGAUGUUUUGAAGGAGGAGAGCGAGCGAUUCUGUGCUCUGGCAUCAGGGAGCAGAGACCAGACUAUCCGUAUCUGGAACUGCACAAACGGCAAAGGUAUGGUGACCCUGAAGCUGCCUCAGCUGAAGAGGAGAGGGGCGGCCGAUGUGGGGACCAAGGAACGUAUCUGGCUCGCGGUGCAUUGGCCACGUAAUAGUCCCACCCAACUGGUUUCCAGCAGCUUCGGGGGGGAGCUGCUGCUGUGGGACCUGGUGAAGGGGGGCCGCCAGAGGUGGUCAGUACUGGGGCAGUCGAGCGAUGGGCAGAACCACAGCCGGAUCGUCUUCAACCUGAGCUCCGUGAGCGGCGAGGACGGCCAAUCACUCCUGCUCUCCACCUCCAUGGACAGAGACGUGAAAUGCUGGGACCUCGCCACGCUGGAGUGUUGCUGGACCCUGCCCACCCUGGGUGGCUUUGCCUACAGCCUCGCCUUCUCUCCGGUCAACUCCGGCUCGCUGGCGGUGGGAGUGGGGGACGGCAUGAUUCGAGUCUGGGAUACCAUCUCACUCCAGGGCCCCUACGACAUCAAGACCCUCUGGCAAGCCAUCAAGUCCAAGGUCACAUCGUUGUGUUGGCAUCCGACCAAGGAGAGCGUGUUAGCAUUUGGAACGGACGAUGGCAAAGUUGGCAUUAAUGAAAUCUAUUCAAACAAAGCUCCCCAGAUAUCCAGCUCUUACCACAGGAAGACUGUGUACGCUCUUGCAUGGGGGCCCCCUCUCCCUCCAGUAGCUCCAGCCGGUACUGGAGACGGGCCAGCGCUGACACUGUACAGUUGUGCGGGCGAGGGCAUCAUUCUGCAGCACAACCCCUGGAGGCUGAACGCCGAGGCCCAGGACAUCAACCGCCUCAUCCGUGAGACCAAUGCCAUCAAGCAUAAACUUCCUGGUCGCAGUGAACUGAGCUGGAAACCUGACGGGAAAGUCCUUGCGAUCGGAAAUGACGAUGGGUCCAUCGAGGUUUACCAGGCCCCGCUGCUCAGGCUGUUGUGCACGGUGGAGACUCACCACAAGCUGAUCAACGCCAUCCGCUGGCACCACCCCCACAGCCUGGACCCCGAGCUCAGCUCCCUCAUCGCAUCCGCCUCCAACAACGCAACCAUCUACGUCCACAACCUCCGCACCGUGCUGGAGAAUCCUUCGGGAACACCAGCUACGAUGACGGAACCGUAUCGGACGCUGUCCGGGCACACGGCAAAGGUGACCAGCCUGGCAUGGAGCCCACACCACGAUGCCCGGCUGGUCUCUGCCAGCUACGAUGGCACGGCACAGGUCUGGGAUGUUCUGAAGGAGGAACCGGUGUGUAACUACCGGGGCCAUGCGGGGAGACUUCUGGGGGUGCAGUGGUCACCGGUGGAUGCGGACUGCAUCUGGACAGGGGGAGAUGACUUCACGGUGCGGCAGUGGGAGGUUUCGAAGCAGGAACACACUCGUCCACCAGCAGGAAAGAAGUAUUCCGAUCUGGAGAGGAAGAAGUUCAGCGGACUGAAAUCCAAAUCCAAGAAAGGGAAGAAAAGGUCGGAGGUGGGGCCGGUGGGUCAGGAUGAGAAGGAGACUGUGGACCCUUCACCCCCGACCCCUGUGGACGCCGGAGUGCGGGAAGAGGAGCGGGAAUGUCGAGGGGAAGAGCAAUCCGUCUCCAAUGGGGCCUCGUCUCAAGCCCCGUUAGAGGAUGCGGGAUCUCGGGAAAACAUGGAACACGCGCUUCCCAAUGGCACACAAUUGCCAGCGAGCCUGGGUCUUCAGGGAAGGAAGGACCGGCCAAAAGAGAGGAAGAGGGAGAAGCCAGAGGCCAUGGGGAAGAGGAAGAAAGGCCCCUCGCUGUUGCCGCUGAGCGCGGCCAAUGAUCACCGAUGCAAGGAGGACCUGCAGGAGGACUGCGUGCACCUCGCCCGCAUCCGUCACCAACAAGGGUGUGAGGGUGAGGCUGCCACUGGAUCAGGCGACCGGGUGCAGCUCGGGCUGUUCGUGGACAGACCAGCGCUCCACCGCAUGUUAGACGAGGAAGCUAAGAACCACGCGGAGGCGGGUCACACGGACCUGGGCUAUCAGCUGCUUCUGUGGAAAGGUGACGUGAAGGGAGCCUUGGAGACGGCCAUCGAAAGGGUGGAGCUGAACGACACCUUGGUUGCCAUGGCACCCAUGGCUGGGUAUGCCGUUUGGGUGAGAGCAGUGGAGGCUUUUGUGAAGCAGCUGUGCUUCCAGGAACAUUACGUUAAGGCUGCCACCCUGCUCCUGUCUUUACACCGCGUCUACGAGGCAGUGCGCUUACUGCAGUCCCACCAGCUCUUCCGUUACCUGGCCAUGGACUCUCCGUUCGAUGCGGCCAAGGUGCUGGCGAGGAAGGGUGAUGUGGCGUCGCUGGGCGCAGCAGCCGAGGUGGCGGCGGUCAGUGGUGAGGGGGCGCUGGCUAGUCAGCUCCAAUCCCGCUGUGCCCUCGACCUGGUAGCUCAGCGAGACUGGCCAGGGGCUCAGGAGGUGGUGGGAGCCAGUGAGACCUUGCUGGGCCUGCGUUUGGUGCUGUGUACGUUGGAGCUGCUGUGCCGGCAGUUGGAUCGGCGCGGGGCGGUGACGUGGAGGAGCGUGUCAGUGCCGCGCUACCACGGCUGGAGCGGACCUGGCGAGGGGAGUGAGAGGCCGGCGGUCAGUCUACUGGACGCGGUCCUGGCCGCCUGGCGGGACGGCUUUGACGUGACGAUGAUCGACCAGGAGCGGCUACAACAGGCUCGCCGGCAGCUCAGCGCCACCGAGCACGCUGAGAGCACGGCCAACACACCGCCCAGACUGCUGCUGUUCCACCUCUCGCACGAGGUGAGCGUGUCGCUGGUGUGUGCGCUGGUCUCGGCGUACGGAGACUCGGUCACCGCACUGCUCCACGUACUCGUCCGCUGUCUCCGUGCCGGCAACUUCACCCUGAUGCAGGACAUGGGCAACAUGCUACUGCCGACCGGGCCAGAGUUUAUCCCUGAUUUGGAGGCCAAGCUGACCUCUGACCCCCUUGGCCUAGCUGCCCUCCAAAGCCUGCGGGCCUUCCUGUGUUACAGCCAGCUGUAUGAGCUGUGGUGGAAGCUGGGGGCGGAACGUUCCAGAACCGGCGCGGAGGAGGGGAAGGACGAAUGCCAGGGGGACAAGGAGGGAGGAGGUGGGCCCAGCCUCAGGAUCUCAGCCUUGGAGCCUCUGACCGAAGCCCGGUCGCGCCUGGCCGGGUCAGGCUGCCUCCUGUCUGUGGAACAUGCCAAGCUCCAGGCCCUGGACAGACGGGCAGCUGAAAUCCAGCGAGCAGUGGCCGCGCUGGUCAACGUCCACCUGAGACAGGUGGCCCACGGGCCCGCGCUCGGGACUGGGCCUGAAGGUGGCCCUGAGGCUGAGGUCAAGCCUGAGCCUGAACUGGAGAGUGAGGCUGGAGUUAGGUCUGCAUCCCCAACUAGGCCUGAGCCAGUAGUUAGACCUGAGGCUAAGCCUGGAGUUGGCCUCGAUCCUGAAAUGGUGAGAGAAGCUGGAGUUAUCACUGGGCCUGUAGUUAGGCCCAAACUGGAAACCGAGCCUGAAGUUGGGCAUGAUCUUGGGGCCAGGCCUGAGCUUAAAAUAGUGCUUGAGGUGAGUCCGACUUCCACUGAUCCUAGAGUUGGGUCCGACCUUGCCCAGACUGAUCCUGAAAUGCAAUGUGAGAUGGGACCUGAACCGGAGCCCACAGUUAGGCCCAAAACUGGGCCUGAUCUUGGGGCCAGGCAUAAUCCUGAAUUGGAGAGCGAGGCUAGAGUUAGGCCUGAAUGCGAGACGAGGCCUGGGGCCACAGUUAGGCCCGAACCUGUGAUUGAGCCUGAAGUUAGUCCUGAAAAUGAGACUAGGCCCGAAGAAGAAAUGGAGAGCGGAGCUGGAGUUAGGCCCGAAACUGAGCCUGGAGAUGGACACGAUACUGGGGCCGAGCCUGACCCUGAGGCUAGGUCCGAUGCAGAAAAGGUGCCCGAGGCUGGGCCUACAACCAGGCUUGAACUGGAAGCUGAGGUUAGGCCGGAACCAACGCUCGAGAAUGGGUCGAAGGACACGUCCGAAGAAACAGCCUCCUCGAGACAAUGUGAAGGCGAUCUUACGUUAUGUGCGGAGGGUCCGGGCUCGAUGGUGAGUCUGACGCAGGAGUUACAGCGCGUGUACAGAGAGCGGGAGACCAUCGCAGAGAUCGUGAAGCUCCACCCCUUCCCUGACGUGUCAGAGUGCUGCCUCCUCAUCCUUUCCCUCCACUCCCUCGCCCCCUCCCUCCUCCCCCCCGACCUGCCCUCCCGCUCCCUCUCCCUCCUCCGGGAUCACGGCUCUGACCGGGAGCGACACUCCGCCAUCAGGAUAUCCUGUCCGGAUACCGUCUGAUGGGAAGGGAGACCACCGGCGUUCCCGGGUGCUCCGUGCCGGAUAUCGUCUGAGACGAAGGGAUGGAGACUGCUGCUCCCGGGAGUUCUGCUCUGGACAUUCCAUCCAGAUACCAUCUGAGGCGCUGGGGAGCGACACCGGCGUUCCCGGGAACUCCAAGCAUCCGGAUAUUCUGUCUGAGGCAAAGGGGGAGAGGGUCCAGUGUUCCCGGGAACUCUGCUCUGGAUAUCCUGUCUGGAUACUGUCUGAUGGGGAAGGGAGAAAGUGACCGGCGUUUCCGAGUGUCUGGAGCGCCGGAUGGAGGGAUCAUGCUGGGAAUCACGGAGUUACACGGCACCUCCAUAGAGACGAGGGGAGGGGGUGGGAGAGAAUGUGAGCUCUCUGUGUACGGGCAGGGACACAGAGACAGACAUACAGACAGACACACACAGAGACAGACGCACACAAACGGAGACACAGAGGGAGAGAUGCACACACACGUACACUUCCCCCUCUCCUCUGGAUCCGACCAUUCCGCAGUGGGAUUUUCGCGCUAAAGCUCGGCAACACCGCUCUCGCUAACAGCCCGGUCCCGCAAAUGUGCCGUUGGACACUGGCUGCAGACACACUGUGGAUGUGAGUCUCAUCCCCUCCCCUCCCCCUGCUCUCGCACCUCUGGGGCUGACUUUCCCCGAGAGUAGAAUUCUCCCCACGCUCCAAGGUAUGAACCUCUCCUCCACAAGGUUUGGGAUCGCUCAGGAAUCUCACUCACUCCAAUCCACACCCUCACUGUUCCUCAGACUGAGCACACACGCCCAUGCCAAAAGAAGACACAAAGUGUUGGAGUAACUCAGCGGGUCAGGCAGUAUCUGGAGAACACGGAUCUGACUGUUUCGGGACACUUCUUCAGAUUGUUGGUGUGGAGAAAGCUGUAAAAGAGAACUCAUUUUUUGUCCUGCCCCCUCAUCUCUCCCACCUAUUUUCUCCCCCUCUCUCCACAAUUCAGUUUGACGAAGGGUCCCAACCCAAAACCUCAUCUAUCUAUCCAUGUUCUCCAGAGAUGCUGCUUGACCCGCUGAGUUAUUCCAGCACUUUGUGUCCUUUUGUGUAAACCAGCAUCUGCAGUUCUUUGUGUCCCCACUUAUCCCAGAGGACCUGGCUCUCCUGAACCCCCAAUAGACAUUCCUCCUUGGACCUCACUCCCCCCAGCCCUGCCCUUUCCAUGGGUUACGGUGCCCUUACCAACAUCUAGAGAGAGAUAGAGAGGACCAUCUCUCAGAUAAAUCCCUGGAACCACCCUCUCGUUGGUCAGAAGGAGUGCAGUGGUCAAGAUCUCUGCAGAUCAGCCAGCAAGGAGAUACUUGGGAGAUGGCUGCCUCUGGUCUUUCAGCAGAAGAUGGAGAGGCUCAUUCUCUGGAGAUCUCUGGUUCUCUCAAGGGUGAUGGUUGCCUCUGGUCCCUCAGUAGCAGACGGAGAGCCAUAUUUAUGAACCACAGCGAUGUUGAGGAUGAGGGAGCACCGUGGAUGCCUGUCCUUGGAUAUUAAACUUCUCAACACCAAUAGUGGACCAAGCAGAUACUGUGACUGGAAGCACAUCCGUGGGUUUAAAGACUAUCGUGUGUUUUUGUUUCCCCUUUAAUACACUAGUCCACUUUCAAUUAAGGUUAACUUUGUACACGGGCCGGCUAUGUGUUUUCAGAUUUGUAACCAUAAUCCUGUUUUUAUACAAUAAAAGUUCCUGCACAUCA